AUGGGGGUUUUCUACGAAACUAUUCCAGACAACUUGAAGACAUGGAUCCUUGACCAGAAAAUGCUCUGGGUCGGCACCGCACCUCUCGCAUCCGACGGGCACAUCAACAUCUCUCCCAAAGGUGGUAAAGCCUUUGGUAUUCCCUCCCCUACCUCCUUCUGGUACCUCGAUCUUACAGGAUCUGGCGUCGAAACCCUCGCGCACUUGCACGAACCGGGAAACGCACGCAUUUGUAUCAUGUUCCUGGCCUUCGAAGGCGCGCCCAAGAUCAUCCGGCUCUGGGGACACGGGCGCGCUGUCGAGAAUGGAACCCCCGAAUUUGAUGCGCUUGUGGAAGAUUACAAGAUCCAACUAAUUCCUGGCGCGAGGAGCGUGGUGGUCGUGGAUGUGCAUCAGGUGGCGAGCAGCUGUGGAUUUUCGGUGCCAUACUACGAGUGGAAGGGGUGGAGGAGUACGUUGGAUGAACAUUUUGCGAAGAAGGAUCGGAAAUUUCGGGACGGAGAUGAGAAGGAGAGUAUGGACAGAUACUGGGCCUGGAAAUCCCAACUCAGUAUCGACGGUCUGCCUGGGAUGAAGCGUGGCUACCAGUAUGCGCAACAUAACGAUAUAGCGCCGCUCAAGAAGAUGAUAGGGAAGUACGCUCCUGACCCUAAAAAUCCGCGCACCGUAACCGAGAAUGCGUCGCCGAUUCACGUAUUGAUGGUCGGGCUGCUAUGUUUUGUGAUUGGCGUAGUGCUUACGCUUACGAUGGUUGAUCCGGAAAUCAUAAGGAAAGUGCAGAAGAAGGAGUUAUUUAUUUAA